AUUAAACACAGAUUGCAAAAGGGCUUGGACAGGGGCUCAGAGGAUAAAUACUGAGACGGUAACCUGCCUCUCCUGUUCCCCCAGAUCACCAUGGAGGGGACAGCUUUCUACCUGGUGGCUGUCCUCUUGGUCUCUUUCCCGACUUCUUCUCACAGCCAACUCUACUCCCUCAUCACCCCAAGUGUCCUGCGAGUAGAGACCGAUGAGACGAUUGUGGUGGAGGCUCAUGGAAGCAACUUUGACACACAGGUCACCAUCUCUGUGCAUGACUUCCCACAGAAGAGAAACACCUUGUAUAUGGUCCAAGUUCCCAUGAACCCAGCAAAUGGCAUGAUGGUGACACCAGCCAUAAAGGUUCCUGCCAAAGACCUGAAGAAGGAUUCCAAGCAAAACCAGUAUGUGGUUGUCCAGGCCAGCUGUCCUCAGUUCACAUUGGAGAAGACGGUUCUGGUCUCCUUCCAGAGUGGAUAUCUCUUUGUUCAGACAGAUAAAACCAUCUACACCCCUGGAUCUGCAGUGCGCUACCGUGUCUUUUCUGUGGGCCACAACAUGGAGCAUUUGGAAAAGCCUGUGAUUGUUGAGUUUGAGACACCAGAUGGCAUUAUUGUCAGCCAGAGUUCCGUCAGCCCCAGUUCAACAAACAUCCGGCCUUACAACUUACCUGAGAUUGUCAGUUUGGGGACAUGGAAGAUUGUGGCCAAGUAUCAAGACUCCCCACAGGAGACCUUCACCACGCAAUUUGACGUCAAGGAAUAUGUACUGCCAAGCUUUGAAGUAAUAGUGGAGCCAUCGGAUAAGUUUUAUUACAUUGAUAGCAACAGGGAUUUCAGAGUGUCUAUCACUGCAAGGUUUCUCUAUGGGAAGAAUGUGGAGGGUGUGGCCUUUGUGCUCUUUGGAGUGAAAACAGAUGAUGUCAAACAGAGUAUUCCAGAUUCACUCAAGAGAAUUGAAAUUACAGAAGGGGAAGGGGAAGCUGUGCUGACAAGAGCAAUGCUACAGAAGCGAUUUCACAACCUCAACGAGCUGGUUGGGCACUCCCUCUAUGUCUCUGUGACAGUGAUGACUGAGUCAGGCAGCGACAUGGUGGUGACUGAGCGAUCUGGCAUCAGCCUUGUGACAUCACCCUAUCAGAUCCACUUCACGAAAACCCCCAAGUACUUCAAGCCAGGGAUGCCCUUUGAAUUGAUGGUGUUUGUCACCAAUCCUGAUGGCUCCCCAGCUUCCCGUGUACCUGUGGUGACAGAGCCAAUUGCAGCUGAAGGAACCACUCAGAAUGAUGGGACAGCCAAGCUGAUCCUGAACACCCCAGCAAACAGCCAAGAGCUCAGAAUCACAGUAAAAACCAAAGAUCCCCAACUUUUAAAUGAACGUCAGGCAACCAAGACCAUGAUAGCUACAGCAUACCAGACCCAAGGAGGAUCCGGAAAUUAUCUCCAUUUGGCAGUCACAGCUACGGAGCUCAAGGCUGGAGACAACUUGCCUAUCAACUUCAACGUGAAGAGCAACAACCAACAAGUAUCGAAUCAGAUCCAAUAUUUCACCUAUAUAAUCAUGACUAAGGGGAAGGUGUUCAGGGUUGGAAGGCAGCCCAAAGCAGCAGAACAAAAUCUGGUGACCAUUUCCUUGCCCAUCACCCCGGAUCUCAUCCCUUCCUUCCGGAUUGUGUCUUACUACCAAGUGGGGAACAAUGAGAUUGUGGCCGAUUCCGUCUGGGUGGAUGUAAAGGAUACCUGCAUGGGAACGCUGGUUGUGAAAGGUGCAACUGAGGCAGACAACCGGAUUCACCAGCCAGGAUCUCAAAUGAAAAUCAAACUGGAAGGCGAUCCAAAUGCUCGGGUUGGUCUUGUGGCCGUGGACAAAGGUGUCUAUGUGCUAAACAAGAAGCACAAGCUUACCCAAACGAAGAUAUGGGACUCAGUGGAAAAGAGUGACAUUGGAUGUACAGCUGGCAGUGGCAGGAACAAUCUGGGUGUGUUUGAAGAUGCUGGACUUGCCCUGGUGACCAGCAAUAAGCUUUCCACGCAACAGAGAUCAGAUCCAAAGUGUCUUCAGCCUGCAAGACGCCGGCGCCGCUCUGUACAGCUCAUUGAAUCUAAAGCAAGUAAAGCCGGCCAAUAUCAGGAUCGGGUGCUAAGAAAGUGCUGUGAAGAUGGAAUGCACGACAACCCCAUGGGCCACAGCUGUGAGAAGCGGGCACAAUACAUUGUGGAUCAGAAUGAGUGCCAGAAUGUCUUCCUGGAAUGUUGCCGCUACAUCAGAACCAUAAAGGAUGCAAACAGACGGGAAGAAGAACUGCAGUUGGCGAGAAGUGACUUUGAAGAUGAGUUCUUAUCGGACGACGAGAUUGUCUCUAGGACUGAGUUUCCAGAGAGCUGGUUGUGGCAAACAGAAAUCCUGACUGCACCUCCGAACGAUGAGGGGGUCUCAUCCAAGACAGUAUCUCUUUUCCUGAAGGAUUCCAUCACGACUUGGGAGGUGGUGGCUGUGAGCAUUUCAAACACAAAAGGGAUCUGUGUGGCUGACCCUUAUGAGAUAACCGUCAUGAGGGACUUCUUCAUGGAUCUACGGCUACCCUAUUCAGUAGUGAGGAAUGAACAGGUGGAGAUCCGAGCUAUUCUCUACAACUAUGGGAAUAAAGAAAUCAAAGUGCGGGUGGAGCUGAUACACAACCCAGCCUUCUGCAGCGCCUCUACCGUCAAGGAAAGAUACCGACAAUUGCUUACUAUUAAACCCCAGUCCUCCAGAGCAGUGCCAUUUGUGGUUGUUCCGCUACAUUUGGGACUGCAUGACAUCGAGGUCAAAGCAGCUGUCUGGGGACAGUUUGUGUCUGAUGGUGUGAGGAAGAAGCUGAAAGUUGUGCCUGAAGGGAUGCAGAGAAAAAUUGUGAACGUCAUUGAGCUGGAUCCUGCUACGCAAGGGAACAGCGAUGGAGUCCAGGAACAACAGGUCCAAGGCAGAGAUUUAAGUGAUAUCGUUCCCGGCACAGAGCCUGAGACCAAAAUUACUGUGCAAGGAGACCCCGUGGCUCAGAUUGUUGAAGACUCAAUUGAUGGGGCCAAUCUGAACCACCUCAUUGUAACACCCUCUGGCUGUGGGGAGCAGAACAUGAUCACCAUGACGCCAUCGGUUAUUGCCACCCACUACCUCGACAUCACAGGGCAGUGGGAGAAGCUUGGGGUGGAUCGCCGCUCUGUUGCAAUCAAUCAGAUCAUGCAAGGUUAUGCCCAGCAGAUGGUGUACAAGAAAGCAGACCACUCCUAUGCUGCUUUUAAAGACCGCAAGGCUAGCACUUGGCUAACAGCGUACGUUGUAAAGGUCUUUGCCAUGGCUUCCAAAAUAGUAAACACUAUUGACAGCCAAGUGGUCUGUGGAGGUGUGAAGUGGCUAAUUCUGGAGAGGCAGAAACCAGAUGGAAUUUUUCAUGAAGACGCCCCUGUGAUCCAUGGAGAGAUGGUGGGAGGUUAUAAGGGCGCUGAACCAGAUGCGGCAUUAACAGCUUUCGUCCUGAUUGCAUUGCUGGAGUCCAAAGACACCUGCAAGGAUCAAGUCAAUAUUCUAGAGAGCAGCAUCAGCAAAGCUUCUGAGUAUUUAUUAAAACAAUAUGGGACGUUGCAAAGACCUUACACCGUGGCCCUCACGGCUUAUGCUUUAGCCCUGGCAGGAAGGCUCAAUGAUGACAGAGUACUCAUGGCAGCAUCAAGAGGUAAGAAUCGCUGGGAGGAAUAUAAUGCUCGCACCUACAACAUCGAAGGCACAUCCUACGCUCUGCUGGCCUUGCUGAAAAUGAGGAAGUUUGAUGGUGUUGGUCCCAUAGUCAAAUGGCUGACAGAGCAGAAGUAUUAUGGAGGGACGUAUGGACAAACCCAGGCAACCAUCAUGGUAUUCCAAGCACUUGCCCAGUAUGAGAUCGACGUCCCUACCCAUAAGGACCUGAACUUGGAUGUUUCUAUUAAACUGCCAGAACGUCAAAAUCCUUUUAUUAUCAGGAUUGAUUAUGAGAAUGCCCUCAUUGCCCGGUCAACAGAGACCAAGCUCAAUCAAGAUUUCAUCGUGAAAGCAACUGGCACAGGAAAAGCAACUAUGACUGUCGUGACUGUGUAUAAUGCAAAGAUACGGGAGGAGGCAGAGCAGUGCAAGAAUUUUUCUCUGCAAGUUUCUGUUGAAGAUGUCCCACUGCUUAAAGGGCAUGAAAAGGGAGCCAAGGGAGCAGUCAAGAUCAACAUCUGCGCCAGGUAUCUUGGAAAGGCUGAUGCUGCAAUGUCAAUCAUUGAUGUCUCCAUGCUUACUGGCUUUGCACCUGACACUGAAGAUCUUAAGAGGCUUUCCGAAGGAGUCGACAGAUACAUCUCCAAGUUUGACAUCAACGACGCCAUGUCUGAAAGAGGGAACCUCAUCAUCUAUCUGGACAAGGUUUCUCAUGAAGAGGAUGAAUGUUUGCAAUUUAAAGCUUACAAGUAUUUUGAAGCUGGUCUCAUUCAGCCUGGAUCUGUCAAGGUGUACAGCUAUUAUAAUCUAGAUGAGCAAUGCACCAAGUUCUACCAUCCCUCCAAAGGGAGUGGCCUCCUCGAUAAGAUAUGCCAUGGCGAUGUUUGUCGGUGUGCAGAAGAAACUUGCACCAUUUACAACACUGCAACGAAACCUGUGGACCUGCAGCUACGAAUUGCAGAAGCCUGCAAGCCAGGAGUGGAUUAUGUGUACAAGACCAAGCUGGUUCUAAUAGAAGAUGAAGGCGAUUAUAGCAACUAUGUCAUGGAAGUUCUGGAAAUCAUUAAAUCAGGGAGCGAUGCAAAUCCACAACUCAAGCCCCGCAAGUUUAUCAGCCACAAGAGAUGCAAGGACUCUCUGAAUCUGGCAGUGAACAAGGAAUAUCUGAUCUGGGGUCUCAGCACUGACAUGUGGCAUACCAAAACUGAGGUCAACUACCUCAUUAGCAAGGACACCUGGAUCGAGAGGUGGCCAAAUGAGGACGAAUGCCAGGAUGAAGAAUUCCAGGACUUGUGCAAUGACUUCACUGAGUUUUCCAACUCACUGAUCAUUUUGGGCUGCCAGGUCUAAUGGCAGAGGCAUCAGCGGCAGCAAAUGAUUCCCAUGAGAUGGGUUUGAGUCAGGAUUUCAAAGACACCUUCCCUCCUGAAGUUCUGCUUCCUAUUCUUUUUGCUCUCCAAGUUCCUCUUCAAAUUGUUUAUAUUGAAAAUAAAGAACCGAUUUCUUAC